UUAACUGUCCUACCAAAGAACUGGUACAAGAUACAGUGAAAAUUCUCUAAGGAAACUGCUAACUGCUAACAAUUCGACGUCCAUACCGUGUCUGCGUGUGUUUAAGAGUAGGCCUAGAUUUUAAUCAAGAAAUUUAAGUUAAGACUGACUCUGAAAAAUACCUGAAACUGUACGAUUAACUGGUUUUGAAGUCAUAUCUGAUGACAGUGUAUAUUACACUCUCACUUCAGGUAUGUAAUGCAUAGCCAUGAUGGGUGUUGUCAUAUUGCUAUAAAAAGGUAGGCCUACAAAGAAGUUGAAGAUAAACUAUGCGCAUGAUGGAAAUGGAUUCUGAUGGAUAUAGGAACUGUUCUGUUACGCCCGUGGACGUAACGGAAUCGGAUGUAUUCGGGAGCAGUACAGUUUUAGUUUUGUUUUCAAUUUACUUUUCCUUGAUAUGCAUAUGCUCAAUUGUGGAAAAUGUAAUCAUCUUGUUGACAAUAAUUCGAGUAAAACGAUUGCACAAACGUCGGAAUAUCCUCAUCUUCAACUUAGCUGUGACUGAUUUAUUGGCUGGAAUAGUUUACCCCUCAUUUCUUAACGGAACCCACAUGGAAGGUAUGGCACUGACAAUCGGUAUUGUAUCCGUCUUUACCAUCCUCGCAAUCGCCACUGAACGCUUUUUGAAGAUUGUUGUAUUUACAAAGAGUAGCAACGCGCACAUUUGUACCACUCGUCAACUUGUGGGAGCGUCAAUUACUGCGUGGGUGAUAGUGUCUGUUAUUCUGUUACCGAUUUCUUACAUCGACAAUGAUCUACACCGUGUUAUUUUCUUUACACUCGGACCACUGUGUGUUGUCGUAGUGAUGAUUGGAAUAUCUGUCUUCUACCUUGCCAUAUUUCUAAAAAUAAGAUACCACGACAAACGAGUGUCUGCUAAUUUAAAUCGAGCAGAAAAAUACACCAACACUAAAGUUGUUCUAAAGGCGUAUGUUGUUAUUGUCAUAGUUUACGCAAUUUGCUGGUUACCAUGGGCGGCAGAAUCACUUCGAAUUAUGUUUACAAUGUAUUAUGGUGUUAGAAUGGAGAAUCGUUGCAUUGUGUCAACAUCGGUUUCCUAUGUCGGUGUUGCUAUGAUAUUACUGAAUUCCGCAAUAAAUCCGAUUAUAUAUUGGCUUAGGCUACCUGAUUUUCGACAUGGAACUUCGGAACUAUUUCGUUGUUGUAGAAAAGAAAAUAUCUGCUGUUUUAAAGGAACACCUGUCGUUGAGAAUUCUAGUCCGAAUUUAGCUAAUGGCAUCCGCAGCAGUACGACUGAUGUUAGGCCUAUAGAUAGGCCUAAUGUAUACUUAUCCCAUUUAAAUGAACAAACGUGUACCACUGUUUUUUAAAUCGUUUUGUAAAUUUGUUUUGGAAUAGCAAUCAAUAAUGAAUUGGUUAAACAUAUUUAAUGGAAACAUGGUAAUAUAGGCAUGUGAAUAUUUGGCGCAUAAUUGAAUGUCCUAUGUGAUAAUAUAAUUAUGCUUUGUUUUUAAUAAGA